AUGGAACAGUCUGAAGAGCUGCUCACAGCAGCACACGAAAUAUAUGCCCGUAUGGGAGGAUCAGAUCCUAAUGCUGCCUCACGACCACCCGCAUACAAGGCUAUUGGUAUCUCCUUGGCCGUUGCUUCCGGUGCAUUCAUCGGCUGUUCUUUCGUCAUCAAAAAAGUCGGUCUAUUGAAAGCCAACGAAAAAUACAAUGAGACCCCAGGCGAGGGCUACGGCUAUCUCAAGAAUGCGUGGUGGUGGACUGGUAUGAUCUUGAUGAUUGUGGGGGAAAUCUGCAACUUUGUCGCAUACGCCUUUACCGAUGCCAUCCUCGUCACUCCCUUGGGUGCUCUAUCCGUCGUCUUGACUGCCAUUCUUUCGGCCAUUUUUCUCAAGGAGCGCCUGAGUAUGGUUGGGAAAGUAGCUUGCUUCCUCUGCAUAGUGGGAUCCGUCGUUAUCGUCAUGAAUGCGCCCGAGAACUCCGCUGUUGCCAACAUCCAACAGAUGCAAAGCUACGUCAUCCACCCGGCCUUUCUGUCCUACGCCGGUGUCAUCAUCGUUGGCUCAGUCGCAACCGCUUUUUACGCUGGUCCAAGAUGGGGUAACAAAAACAUGUUGGUUUACAUCUCCAUUUGCAGUUGGGUUGGAGGCUUGAGCGUUGUUGCGACUCAGGGCUUGGGUGCCGCUAUCGUGGCCCAGGCUGGUGGUCAAUCGCAAUUCAACCAGUGGUUCCUCUACGUGCUGUUGGUUUUUGUUAUUGCGACUCUUUUGACUGAGAUUAUCUACCUUAAUAAAGCAUUGAACCUUUUCAACGCCGCUCUCGUCACUCCGACAUACUACGUCUACUUCACCAGUACCACCAUCAUCACCUCGGCAGUUUUAUUCAGAGGUUUCAAAGGCACUCCUAGUUCCAUUAUAACCGUGGUUAACGGUUUCUUGACCAUCUGCUCCGGUGUCGUCCUUCUCCAGCUAUCCAAGUCCGCCAAGGAUGUACCCGACGCGGCGGUUUUCACUGGGGAUCUUAACCAAAUCCACACAAUCGCCGAGCAGGAACAACCCGAAACCGAGCCCAAGGCCGAUGCCAUUCGUGGAACCGCCGCAAUUGUACGACGUCUGUCCUCAGCCAGGCAGAAGAUGGAAGAGGACGAAUUCAAGCGACUCCACGAGGAGAAGCUGCGCGAAUCCCUGGAGCCUGUCAGCGAGGAUGGUCAGCCGAUGUACGAGUGGGAUGGUAUAAGGAGACGCCGGACAAUGACGGUUGGCAGUCGAAGCACUCGAGGAACUAUCACAUCCCCGUACCCGAUCCCUCAUUCUGGUAUUCCAUCUGGCGUCCCCUCUGGUGUCCCCCGCACCCCCACAGUCGUCCCGAGCUCACCACAGGCUCACCCUCCUCUUGGCAUGUCCCAUUUCCCUACUGAGGAGGAGCUGGCUGAGCGGGAGCGCCCUUCAUCACCCAGCAUGCUCUCGAGUAUUGCAGGCACAAUCCGAGAGCGAGCAAGAAGUGUUUUAUCGCCGCACCAGCCAAAUUACUCACAUGAUCCCAAGGUGCAAAGCCCCAUGCAUCCUGUUCCUUUGACGGAGAUUGCCGUCGCUACUCUUAAAUCAGACGAUGAGCGAUCCCCGUAUUAUGGUAGAAGCAGGGAACACGUAUACGGACUUCCAAUUGCUCAACAGUACGGUGAUACAGAAUACGCUGGUGCGGCAGGUGUCCAUGACCCGCGCGCAGUAUCUCCAGGAAGUGGUUUCAGCGGCGUAGGUUCUCAUCUGGCACCGACACCACCACCACACUCAGCAAAGAGGCAAUUCUCUUUCUCGAACGUUUUCAAGAGACACAAUGCCGACGCAGCGCGUGAGGAGGACCAUCAUCGGCCGAAUAGUCGUUACGGUCUCGGGUCGCGGGGUUAUUCCAGCCCACAAGUCAAGAAUGCGACUGAAGAGGAGCGACUUGGCCUUGUGAAGGGAGAUUCCCAAUCGUUGCCUGUUCUUCAGCGCUACGACGAUGACGAUGAUGACGAGGAUUAUGCUAGAGGCGGGCAGGUGCGGUCCAUUGAUUCGAGCCCACCGGAAGCAUCGAGGUACGGGCGCGGUAUCACAACACCGCCAAGGAGAGGAAGUGACCCAAGGGAAGUAGAAUAUGAUUCGGAGGCACCAACACCUCCUCCUCACCGGCCACAGCCUGGUGGCGGUCGGCCAGGAGCAUUCUUAUAA